UUCUCUUUGCUGGACUCAUCAUCUGUAUUAUUACCCAUCCAUUGUAUCUGAAAUCCUCCAUUCGCUACUACUCGCUUUCCAUUUACUAUCACUGUUUACAAUCCCCAUUUACAAUCACCAUUUACAAUCACCAUUUUUGAUGCCACCCCGGACGCUGCGAACCAAAUCGUACUCAAAGUCGACGCCACGUGCGCCCUUUUCCAGCAAAAACCCAUACCCGCUGGGGGACCCGUCCAUCUCUGAUAGCCUCAAUGUGGCGUUAGCGGAGCUUGAACUCUCUUACGACGCCUCUCUAGGCGUUAUCAUGGGCGAUGCCAUCACUUCCGUGCCUGACAACGCAAAGCUCGGCGCGCUCAAGACGCAUUUGCGCGAUCUAGUAAAAGCCUUUGAUCGGCUUAUCGGUAUAGACCACGAUUUGUUGGAAAAAGUGGACGACGUGCUCCGUGAGCGCGGCGAAGAAGUGCCGGAGAAUGUGACGCCCGCGGUUGAGACGCCGCGCGCUGCAAGUGAGGACUUUGAGGAUGCCGUUUCCUCGUUCCCCGAGCCCCAGCUCGAGACUGAGGUCAAAAAAGAGGUUGUGGAUAUUCCAGAAGAGCUGGAAGAACCGGUAAAACCGCUCGAAACGCUUCCCAUCUCGCUUCCUGAGGGUGCCCUGGAGUUGGGGUUGUACGUGGACGAAGGCCCUCCGGCCUCAGAGGCCCUGAUGCACGAAUACUUGCAGAAGAAGUACGCGGUUUCCGUGUAUCCCGCGUCGGACUUGGCGGACAAGCUCUGUGGCACGAUCCCAGACACAGACUUGUCGCAUCUGAAGCCCGCGAACCAGGUGCAGUUUGCGACGUUUGCCACGCACAUUGAGAGCUUUUUCCGGCCAUUCUGCGAGGAGGAUAUCGCCUUCCUCGAGAAGAAGGCGAUUCUUCCGACAAACGUCAGCACAAACCCCAACCCCCACAGCAACGCCUCCAGUAACAUGACGCUUGAGACCAGCUACGACCCAUCGAUCCUGCCGUUCUUGACCCCUAAACUCGGGCGGCCGUACACUGAGGUAUGGGCCGACGAGGACAGUGCACCCGGCGCCGCUCUAGUCACCAGGAGCUUUGAGGCGUACGUGGCCAAGGGCUCGCUUUCGGAGGUUAACGAUGACAACCUCGACACGGAUGACGUGUCUGUGGGUGCACUUAGCUCGCGGUUGCUUAGCGGGCUCAUGGGGCUUGACGACUUUGAUCAGAUAGAAGUGAAGGAGGAGGAGGCGGAGGGAGAGGAGGAGGAGGAGGAGGAGGAGGAGGAAGAGGGGCGGGCCGAAGUGUGUUCCGCGCAUAUCAGCGCGGACGAUGAACACACGCUCGCGGCACCGAAGCCAGACUACGCCACGUUAGAGCAGCGCUUGAAACGUGAGUUGAAGUAUGUGGGAGUGUUCCUGAACGAGAAGGAGUCUGAUGACAAAAAGAAGAAGGACGAGGCGAUUGAGGACGUGUGGUUGGAGGAGAUGGAGGAUGACGAGGUUUGUGUGGAGUUGCGCAAGCUCCAGGGGCAGUUGAAGACGGUGAGUAAGGCGAACAACAUCCGCAAGCGUCGACUCAUUCCGAUCAUCGAGGAGCAGAUCGCGUGGCAGGAGUUUAUCUCGAUCAGCGAAGACUUGGACAAGCAGAUCGACCAGGCAUACCUCAAGCGGAUCAAGGUGCCCAAGUCGAAGAAGAAGAAGCUCGCGCCGACCCAGACACCAACCGCGCUCGCUCAUGCGGUGGCCAAGUUGGCGCAUGAACAGGCGGCGAACAGCGGGAUGAAGGCGUUGAUUGAUAAGAAGGCGCGGUGGUUUGAUCAGAUCGGGCCAUUGUUUGCAGCGACGGAGUUGAUGAGGCGGCCACCGACCGAGAGUAUUUUUGCCGGGCUAGACUUUGAGGAGGAGGAAGAGGAGGAGGAAGAUGGGGGGAUUGACGAAGUGGAGGCAAUGUGAGCAUGAGCGAAACGAGUGUGGUUCUACUAGUACACUAAGCAAUGAGUGUGGUAUGACACCAAGCAAAGUGUGGUAUGAUACAGAACAAGACAAGUGUGAUUGUAUAGGCCAGCUUCACGUGCGGUGAAGCUAAACUACAAUCGAAGCGAGUGUUUUAUCCCCACCAAGCGACUUGGUUUUAUACCAGGUUAUUCCAGAAAAAAAUAAAAGGGGGGCCAUUACCAUUGACUGUAUUUAUGGUUAUCCGCGAGGUGGAAGUCUACGUACACCAUCGUGUAAAACCUCUAUAGACAAUAAACCAAAGAUUAAUGAUUUAAA